CCGAGAGCCCUGUCUCUCUUUGACGAUCACUCUGCCAGCUUGAAACCUUGAACUUGCGGGGUUGGAAAGCUAAAGAAAUGUGACGUUGUAUAUCCCCGCUCUGAGAUAUGCCGUGGGACAAAGCUGCUGUUAGCGAGAGAGACCUCGUGCAGAUGGAGCCCAUCCAGGCAGGUGGUGUUAUAUAACCCUGUCUCUCAAUAAGGCCGUAGUUGUCGUGGUGCACACAACAGAAUUAUCUAUUUCAAAUUCGCAGCAAUAAUGUGGAACAAGCUUGCGGUCGCGGGCUUCAUGGUGGCUACGGCUACGGCCUCGAUAUCCGACUCAUGCCCGGAUUAUUUAGAUUACGCCAAAGAGUAUCAUGCUCCUUAUUCGGCGGGGAAGUAUAACCUCUCGUCCCAGCGACCAGCUCUGUCGUGCCGGACUUUCGGGUCUCAAGAUGUUGAGGACACGAUUGAUCGUAUGAACAAGACCAUGCGUGACCCUGAUCUCUUCCAGCUAUUUCAAAAUGCCUUCCCUAAUACUCUCGAUACGGCAAUCAAAUGGCACGGCACUGCGGAGGGGAGUGACGAGGAACUAACCUUUGUCAUUACUGGAGAUAUAAAUGCAAUGUGGCUGCGCGACUCUGCAAACCAGAUGCAAUCCUACCUGCCACUGUUAAAACCAGCAACAUCUAGUAACUCGAUAGCUUCUCUCUACCGAGGAGUUAUCAAUCUGCAAGCCCGGUAUCUUCUAACUUCGCCAUACUGCAACUCGUUCCAGCCUCCCGUCGAGUCUGGUAUCCCACCAGCAGAAAAUGGUGCUUCAACGGACGACAGGGUUUUCCCAACUUAUACCAAUCAAACGGUAUUCGAAUGCAAAUACGAGCUCGAUUCUCUUGCUGCAUUCCUUGAGGUCUCGUCAAACUACUACAAAGCUACGAAGGAUAUCAAUUUCUUCAAGAAAUACAAGUGGGUCGAUGCCAUCAAUGCCGUUCUAGAUGUUGCGACGACUAUGAUGGAGCCAACAUAUAACCAGAAUGGUAGUGUCAACACAAGUCCAUAUACGUUUACACGACAGACCAACAGGGCUACCGAAACGUUUGCCAAUGACGGACUUGGAAAUCCUAGUGCUCCGAACACUGGGUUGAUUCGUUCUGGUUUCAGGCCAUCGGAUGAUGCUACCAUUUAUCAGUUCCUGAUUCCGUCCAAUAUGAUGUUUGCUUCAUAUCUCGCCUCCACCGCCGAAAUUAUGGGUGCCCUUCCAGGCCACAAAUCUCUUGGCAAUCGCAUGGCUCAGAUGGCCGUUUCUCUCCGCGAGUCCAUCGACAAACAUGGAAUUGUUAAUGAUCCCGUGCAUGGCCGCAUCUACGCCUUUGAGGUCGACGGAUAUGGCUCCCGGAAUAUCAUGGAUGACUCAAAUGUUCCCAGUCUAUUAUCUGCGCCAUUCAUUGGUUACGUUGACAGGAAGAAUAAGGUGUAUCAAAAUACACGCAAGGUUAUACUCAGCACGGCGAAUCCGUACUUCAUGAAGGGUCCCGUAUUCAACAGCAUUGGCGGUCCACAUGUUGGGCCUGGGUUUGGGUGGCCCAUGGCGAGUAUUAUACGCAUUCUAACUUCAGAUGAUGACGCCGAAAUAAAGGAGGCCUUGCGCGAAUUGCUGUCCACCACAGAUGGGUUAGGGCUCAUGCACGAGGGAAUCAACUCAUUCGACUCCUCUAAAUGGACGAGACAAUGGUUCUCCUGGGUUAAUGGCCUGUUCGGGCAAAUGAUUUUGGAUUUGGAGGAGAGGAAGCCGUAUAUCCUAAAAACAAACUUCCAGUAAUUCGCAUAGGUUAGACAUUCUUAUAAUAAUACCAAAGC